AUGGCAUCCCUCCCCCUAGCCUCCGCAGAGCCAGGGAUGCAAUACGCCUCGUGCACCGCGAACGACGGAUGCACGCUGGCCUUCCAGACCUCGCUUCCCGUGGGCCCCGGCGCGACCCUCGACGCGCGGUACGCCACGUGCGUGCUCCUUCUGCACGGGUUCAGCGGGUCCAGCGCGUACUUCACGCGCAACGUCGGCGCCCUCGCCGACGACCACUGGGUCGUCGCCCCGGACCUGCGCGGCCACGGCAACUCCGGGCGUUCGCGCGGGGGGUACCACGUCGCGCGUCUCGCCGCGGAUCUGCGGGACUUGAUUGCGUAUUUGCGCACCGCGCAUCAAAGCGACGAUAACAACGACGACAUCCAAACCCCCAGCGAGGAGGCGAAGCUGCAGAUCGUCCCCGUGGGAUGCAGUAUCGGGGCCGCGGUCCUCUGGACAUACGUCGAGCUGUUCGGCAGCGCGGAGUUCAGCGGGUUCGUGUUCGUGGACCAGGCCCCGCUGCAGGACCGCUCGCUGUUUGGGGACUGGGACGCGUCGCGCGCGCACCUGGGGUGUUACGACGAAGCGACGAUGUUAGCCGCGCAGCGGGCGUGGAUCUACGACUCCGCGGCGACACAUGCCGAGCUCGUGCGCGCGUGUCUCGGGUACCGGUACCUGCCGGACCCGUCGACGGACGAUAUCUCGGACGAGGCGGGGCGGCGGGACGAGGAGUUUUUCGUGGGGAUAAGUCGCCGCUGCGACCAGGCUUGGUUGGCGAAGCUGUUGGCUGAUCAUACGAGGUACGAUCACCGCGAGGCGAUUGAGGAGAUUGCGGUGCCGACGCUGGUUAUGGCGGGCCGCAGGACGGGGUGUUUUCCGCUGGAGGGCAUGAGGGAGACGGUGCGGAGGGUGGAGACGAGUAGGCCUGGGGGCGCGAGGAUGUCGGUUUUCGAGGCCGGGCAUUGGUUGUUUUAUGAAGAGCCUGAACGGUUUAAUAGGGAGGUUGUUGAGUUUGUGGAUAGUUGUACGACGUAA